UGCAGUCCUUGUUCGCUUUGCAGGCGCGUACACCCUCCGCAGUCACUCCGCUAGUCUUUAUCAUGUAUGACAGCCAUGCUCCGCAGCUUUUCCUGUCUAUAUUCCUUUUCUGUUUCGGAGUGAAGGCGAUGACUGAUCACUCCAGUUAUGACACAGACUUAGUGGACAUGGUGGUCCCCGUGGAGCUCUCUGGAGAGGAGGCUCACCUGUUGCAGGACUCAUCCAGGCGCAGUGCGCGUCGGCGUGCCCAGCGCUCUGUCGAUUCCCGGGGUGGACUAAACUCUGUGGGGAACACGUUAUUUUUCUCUUUACCUGCUUUUGGAAAAGACCUGUACUUACACCUGAAAAGGGAUGUCACUUUUCUGUCUGAGGGGUUUGUGGUCGAGGAGAGGGGAGGCGAAACAGACCCCCCUAAAUGGUCGCGCCUUGCCAGAGACCAGCUCUGCUUCUACUCGGGAUGGAUUGUCAACCACACCGACUCUUUUGCGUCACUCAACACCUGCAGCGGUCUGACUGGACUGGUCUAUACAGGAGAGGACAGUCUCUUCAUCCAGCCGGUCAGUGUGGUCAGCGGUCCUGCCGACUCCUUCUCCGGGCUGCAGCACAGGGUGGUCCGACACCGACGCUCAGCCAAGACCAGCCCUACUUCUGCCCCUCCCACUGGACCCACGGCUGCAGACAAGCAGCCCAAGUACUGCGGCACCAUUCCAGUGAGGAAGAAGGAGAUGAGGCAAAAAGGAGUGGAGGAGGGCCGUGGAAGGAGGAACGCCAUCCAUCUGAACGGGUUGUAUACGGUGGAGACUGUGGUGGUGGCAGACUCAGACAUGGUGCAGUACCACGGGGCGGAGGCCGCGCAGAGAUUCCUGCUCACCGUCAUGAACAUGGUGUACAACAUGUUUAACAGCAAGACUCUGGGCGUCAGAAUCAACAUACGGGUCACCAAGCUGGUCCUGCUCCACAACCGCCCAGACAGGCUGAAGGUGGGCCACCACGGAGAAAGGUCCCUGGAGAGCUUCUGUCAGUGGCAGUGGGAGGAGUAUGGCGGCCCCCGUUACCUAGGCAACAAUUACGUGCCCGGGGGCAGGGACGACAUUCCACCUGUGGACACGGCUGUGCUCGUCACUAGGACUGACUUCUGCGUGCACAAAGACCAGCCCUGUGACACAGACAGUGGUCAUUCCUACAUCACUGUGUUAAUCUCUACCAAGGACAGUGGUCAUUCCUACAUCACUGUGUUAAUCUCUACCAAGGACAGUGGUCAUUCCUACAUCACUGUGUUAAUCUCUACCAAGGACAGUGGUCAUUCCUACAUCACUGUGUUAAUCUCUACCAAGGACAGUGGUCAUUCCUACAUAACUGUGUUAAUCUCUACCAAGGACAGUGGUCAUCCCUACAUCACUGUGUUAAUCUCUACCAAGGACAGUGGUCAUUCCUACAUCACUGUGUUAAUCUCUACCAAGGACAGUGGUCAUUCCUACAUCACUGUGUUAAUCUCUACCAAGGACAGUGGUCAUUCCUACAUCACUGUGUUAAUCUCUACCAAGGACAGUGGUCAUCCCUACAUCACUGUGUUAAUCUCUACCAAGGACAGUGGUCAUUCCUACAUAACUGUGUUAAUCUCUACCAAGGACAGUGGUCAUCCCUACAUCACUGUGUUAAUCUCUACCAAGGACAGUGGUCAUUCCUACAUAACUGUGUUAAUCUCUACCAAGGACAGUGGUCAUUCCUACAUAACUGUGUUAAUCUCUACCAAGGACAGUGGUCAUCCCUACAUCACUGUGUUAAUCUCUACCAAGGACAGUGGUCAUUCCUACAUAACUGUGUUAAUCUCUACCAAGGACAGUGGUCAUUCCUACAUAACUGUGUUAAUCUCUACCAAGGACAGUGGUCAUCCCUACAUCACUCAGCAAGGCUGUCUACACCAGGCUGCUGUGUUUCGUAGCAGCAAGGCUGUCUACACCAGGCUGCUGUGUUUCGUAGCAGCAGGCUGUCUACACCAGGCUGCUGUGUUUCGUAGCAGCAAGGCUGUCUACACCAGGCUGCUGUGUUUCAGUAUUGCCUAUCUGGGAGGCGUGCAGCUCAAAGAGGUGUGUUCUGGCCGGGGACAACGGAUCAACCUGGCUCCACCACCAGCCCCCCAGGCGCGGACAUGCGUGCAGCAGCCAAAGCAAAAUGAUGAGCUGAGGAUUGUUCUGGUUGGGAAGACUGGAGUUGGGAAGAGUGCAACAGGAAACACCAUCCUGGGAGUAAACGCUUUUAUGUCUAAGGUAUCUUCUUCCUCUGUGACAUCGGCGUGUGAAAAACACAAAAGGAAGGUGGAUGGGCAAAUGGUUGCUGUCAUUGACACACCAGGCUUGUUCGACACCAAAUCUACCCGAGAGGAGAUCAUUAACGAGAUCAAAAUGUGCAUCUCUUUCUCUGCUCCUGGUCCCCAUGCGUUCCUGAUUGUGAUCCAGCUGGGUAGAUACACAGACGAGGAGAAAGACACUGUGAACCUCCUCCAGCAGAUCUUUGGCAAAGAGGCUGAAAAGUACACCAUAGUGGUUUUCACUCGUGCAGAUGAUCUACAGGGAGAAAGUAUUGAAUCAUUCAUGAUGGCACGUGACAGCAGUGAAGAUUUAAGAACCUUGGUCUUUGAAUCAUGCCACGGGAGAUAUCAUGCCUUCAACAACAGAGACCUCAAUAAUCGCUCUCAGGUCUCUAAGCUGCUUGAGAAGAUCAACAACAUGACCAUAACGGAUGGAAGACAGCACCACUACACCAACAAAAUGUUCCAAGAGGCUGAUAGAGCGAUUGAGGAGGAGAAAGAUAGGAUUCUGAAAGAGAACGCAGAGCAGACAAGGAGUGAAAUGGAAGCACUGGAAAGUAAAUAUGAAGGAAUCGCUCUGGAGGAAGCGAAGAAGAACCUGAUGCAAGAAAAGGAGAGAGAAGCAAGAGAUAAAGCUGAAAGCAGAAAUAGAUUUUUGAAAACAGCUGGCUUCACUCUUGCUGGAGUGACAAUUGUUGAGCGGCUGUUGUUGCCCUCAUGA